CGACAUUGACUCGAAAUGUCGACAGUCAAUAGUCGAUUUCUUGAUGCCUAACAGAAAUAAAUGAGAAAAUUACUUUGAUGGAGAAAAAUAACUUUUUGAACAUUUAAUACGAAAUAACAAGAAAUUUUACGUUUUUCAUACGCAAAUAAUCAAUAAAGAGAUAUAACAAUAUUCUCCAACAAAACGAGAUUCUCAAAUUUAAUCUUUUACGCAAUAUUCCAAUACAAUUUUAUGUGUAAACGACUUGCUGUCUUAAAACUACAAACAUACGGACCCUCAGAACAUUGAAAAGAUCACGGCAACAAUCACCUCCACAAAAACAAGCAACGGCGGGUACCAAGGAGGAUAAAAAGAGAAACCCCUUGCCAGAAUUAGCCUCGUCACUACCACUACCACCAUCAACAGCAUCAUCAUCUCUGUCACACUACAGGUCUUCAAAGAUAGACAAAAAUAAAACAUCACCAUCAUCAUCAAUAAACUCGUGUCCACAUAAAAUGCAACGUCCAAGUUCCCAUGGAACUUCUGCACAGAAACAUUCAAAUUUGGACGAAAUAUGGACAGAUCUGGAACAGGGCAUAAAACAAGUAUUCCAACAAGAACAAUCGCUGACAAAGGAACGUUAUAUGCAACUGUAUACAUAUGUCUAUAACUACUGCACCAGUGUUAAUACCGUUCAGAACAACAGCAAUCGUUCGAAUAAAUUGGGUGGUGCCCAACUGGUGGGCAAAAAGCUCUAUGAGCGUCUAAAGGAUUUCCUCAAAGAUUAUUUGGCCGAUUUGCUGACGAAUUUUAAGGCCAUCAAAGGAGAAGAAGUCCUCUUGGAUCAUUAUACCAAACAAUGGGUUCUGUAUCAGUUCUCCAGCACCGUUUUGAAUGGUAUUUGCUCAUACUUAAACAGACACUGGGUCAAGCGGGAAUAUGAAGAAGGGCAAAAGGGUAUCUAUGAGAUUUAUCGUUUGGCAUUGGUUACAUGGAAGGAACAGUUGUUCAAGGUUCUUAAUGAACCCGUUACCAAUGCCGUGCUUAAAUCCAUUGAUGAAGAACGUCGUGGUAAGACCAUAAAACGUUCUCUUGUACGCGAUGUCAUCAACUGCUACGUGGAAUUGGGUUUCGACGAGGAGGAGGAUAUGGACAACAAGGAUGCGAAAAAACAAAAGCUGUCCGUAUAUCGUGAUCAUUUCGAAAAGAAAUUCCUGGCAGAAACUGCCGCCUUCUACAAACAUGAAUCUGAGGCAUUUUUGAGCAGCAACACCGUGUCCGAGUACAUGAAACAUGUGGAAAAACGUUUGGAUGAAGAACGUAAAAGAGUGAACAGUGCCGAUUUUAAUUCAGUAUUAACAUCAUACUUGCACGUCAGUACUCUGGAUAAAUUGGUAGAAACUUGCGAAGUGGUUCUUAUCGAAAAACAUUUAGACAUAUUCCGUUCCGAAUUCCAAAACCUAUUGAAUGCCGACAAGAAUGCCGAUUUAAAACGUAUGUACACAUUGGUGGCACGCACUCCACGCAAUCUUAAUGAAUUGAAAACGAUUUUGGAGGAGCACAUUCUUCAACAAGGAUCUCAGGCCAUCGAAAAAUGUGGCAAUACCGAAGCUGCCAACGAUCCCAAAAUAUAUGUCCAAACCAUACUGGAGGUACACAAAAAAUAUAAUGCUCUUGUUUUAACCGCCUUCAACAAUGACAAUGGCUUUGUGGCUGCAUUAGAUAAGGCCUGUGGCAAGUUUAUCAACUCAAAUGUGGUUACUCAAGCAAGUAGUGCUAGCAAAUCCCCGGAAUUACUUGCCAAAUAUUGCGAUAUUCUGCUGAAAAAGUCAUCCAAGAAUCCCGAAGAAAAGGAACUGGAAGAUAAUCUGAAUCAGGUUAUGGUCGUUUUCAAAUACAUCGAAGACAAGGAUGUCUUUCAGAAAUUCUACUCCAAAAUGUUGGCCAAACGUUUGGUUAAUCACACCUCGGCCUCUGACGAUGCCGAGGCUGUUAUGAUUUCCAAAUUGAAACAGACCUGUGGCUAUGAGUACACCAUUAAAUUGCAACGCAUGUUCCAGGACAUUGGUCUAUCCAAAGAUCUAAAUAACAAUUUCAAACAAUAUCUUCAAACGGCUAAUAUUCCCAUGGAAAUUGAUUUUAGCAUUGAAGUUUUAUCCUCAGGUUCAUGGCCAUUUAAUCAGAGCAGUAGUUUUUCGCUGCCGACAGAACUGGAGAAAGCCGUGCAACAUUUCAACACAUUCUAUGCUGCACGCCAUUCGGGCCGAAAAUUAAAUUGGCUGUAUCACAUGUGCAAGGGAGAAUUGGUAACGAAUUGCUUCCGCAACAAAUACACACUGCAGGCCAGUACGUUCCAAAUGGCUGUUCUAUUGCAAUUCAAUGACCAGACACGUUAUACCAUAAAGCAAUUGCUGGAUAAUACACAGAUACAGUUGGAGAAUUUAGUGCAGGUUUUACAAAUUUUACUCAAGGCAAAACUUCUAACCUGUGCCGAUGAUGAAAAUUCCCUAACACCCAACUCUGUUGUGGAAUUGUAUGCCGACUAUAAGAAUAAGAAAUUACGCAUCAACAUCAAUCAACCUUUGAAGACUGAACUUAAGGUCGAACAAGAGGCCGUACAUAAACACAUUGAGGAGGAUCGCAAAUUGUUGAUACAAGCCGCCAUUGUGCGCAUUAUGAAAAUGCGACGAAAGCUCAAUCACACACAGCUCAUUACCGAGGUAAUCAAUCAAUUGUCAUCGCGUUUCAAGCCCAAGGUGCCGGUUAUCAAGAAAUGCAUAGACAUUUUGAUCGAGAAAGAAUAUUUGGAGCGAAUGGAAGGACAAAAGGAUACCUACAGUUAUUUGGCGUAAAUUAAUAAGAUCAAAGCAAGAGUACAUCAUAAAGAAAACCCAAAAGGCAACGAUGUGUAACUGUCUGUAAUUUGUUGUGUAUGUGCGAGUGUGGAUGUCAUGCAAAAUGAAGAAGAAAGAAAAAAAAAACUACUGCUGGUGAAGAAAGUUGAAAGAUAUCUCAUUUAAUAAUAACGUUUGAAACAAUUGUUUCGUUGAAAAUAUUCUUUACCCGGUUUAUAUUUUUCUAUCACUGGUCUUUAUUUACUCCCAACCAACUUUCACAUCACUGCUGUGGCAAACUUCUUGUGUUUAUGAUCUGCAAACAUGUAAUAUUUUGAUUUUAUUCAUUGUCUCCCCCGCUUUUUUUCUAAACCUUCCCUUCUCCCUACACUCCUUUUAACGUAUCAUAAAUUGAAAUUAUUAUUUAAAAAUAAAUUGUUUUAUUUGUUUAUUAGACGUUUUUAUCAUCGAUAUCCAUCUUUUGCUUGUUUUCAAAACAACAAGAACCUUGUUUCCCUUUAUGUUUUGGCACUCAUAAAUUAUAUAUUGUUGUUGUAAACACAUCUAUUAAGAUUUAGUUAGAUAUGGAUCUACCACCAACACCACCGCUGCUAACAAAAUUAUCAUUGAUAUAACAACCCCAAAUUUAUAUCUGGAGAAAGAAUAUUGACUCGAGUUCUUUUUGAAUUUUGUGCAAACAAAUAAGAAAUUGGCUUAUUAUAAUUUGACUAGUUACCUUUAUUGAGAUUCGAAUAAAAACACACGAAAAAUUCGGUGUUAAGCAAAUGCGACGAACCUGUUUGCAAACAAUA